AUGGGGUUAAAACAGAUCCUGCCUUAUGUGACCAAGAUCUUGGUCUGUUUUCUGGUGGGCACUUUGGUUUGCCUUCUGAAAACACUUCUUGUUAAGGUCCUUGCUUUGUCUUUCCAUGUCAACAACUUCUUUGAAAGAAUUCAGGAGGCUUUGUUCAAUCAGUACGUGAUCGAGACGCUUUCUGGUCGUCCGAUAUCCUUGGAAAGACAUGAGGCUAGGGAGUUUCAGAGUGCUGGGGCAGCCAUGCCUAGGGAGCUCAGGGCAACUCUUCUUCCAAGGAAUGAUUGUCCAUUCCCAUCGUUUAAUAGGAGUCCUACAUUUUCGAGACACGCUUCUGAGAGGCAUGACAAGAAAAUUCCAAUUGAGUACUUGCAUAAGCUAAACCCGAAAAAUAUAUCUGCUUGGAGUAUGAAAAGAAUGAUGCGUACCAUCGGGAAUGGAUCCUUGACGACUCUGGAUGAGCGAAUACUCAAUUUGGAUACGGACGAUGAGUCUUCUUUGCAGAUUAAAACUAUAUGCCAGGCAAAAGAAGCUGCCAAGAAGAUUUUCUCCAGAGUAGCCAAGCCGCGGUUCGAGUAUGUUACUAUGCCCUUCUUCCGUUUAAAAAUUAUAUGCAAUUUGAUGGAUGAUUUGCAAGAUGGUGUUGGAGUAAAUGUAGAGUCAGACAGCACUACCGCAUCUGCUGCUGCUACUGGUGAUGCACCUAUUGCACUGGAGUUGGAGGCAGAUGUUGAGCCUGAAGCUAAUUCCAAGAAUUCGACCAGCAUUUCUAAACGUAAAAGGAAGCAUACUUCUGUUGUCUAG